CACGCUGCUGCUCCCGGGAUGCUGCUGGUCGGCUGCGCUCAGUGCUGACAGUCUGCUGCCGGGAGAGCUGGGAGGAGAGCCGCUCCUGCCAUCAGCAGCGCUACUGUCAGCCCAGCGCAGCAUCCUGCCCGUCUACACAGGGAGCACUGCCAUGGGGUAGGAAGCUUCCAUCCCGGGAGUGACGAGUGCACAGGGCAGCCCCAUCCCCGCCGAGCAGGCAUGGAGAGUGGGCUCUGAUCCCCCUCAGGAGAGACAAAGGACGCGGGGGGCAGAGCAGGAGCCACGGCGGAGGGCAGGAGACAUGAUCGCUGAGGUGCUGAGCGGCGCCCUGGGGCUCCUGCUUUAUCUCAACACCCUGGACGCUGAUUUCUGCUAUGAUGACAGCCGGGCUAUCAAGACAAAUCAGGAUCUCCUUCCAGAAACUCCAUGGAUCCAAAUAUUCUUCAAUGAUUUUUGGGGGACUUUACUCACUCACAGUGGCAGCCAUAAAUCUUACCGUCCGCUAUGCACACUUUCUUUUCGCCUUAACUACGUUUUUGGAGGUUUAGAACCCUGGGGCUAUCACCUUGUGAAUAUGCUCUUGCAUUCAGCCGUCACAGGCCUUUUCACUAACCUUUGUAAAACCCUCUUUGGCAGUGGAUGCUGGACACUCUUAGCUGGCCUUCUGUUUGCUUCUCAUCCGAUCCAUACGGAAGCUGUUGCUGGAGUAGUAGGACGAGCAGAUGUGGGAGCUGGACUCUUCUUUCUACUGUCAUUACUAUGCUACGUAAAGCAUUGUUCGACCAGGAGCUAUUCUGUUUGUAGCUGGUGCUGGAUCCUUUUUAGUGGAUUGUGUGCCGCCUGCAGCAUGCUAUGGAAAGAACAAGGGGUCACUGUUCUGGCAGUGUCUGCUGUUUAUGACGUUUUUGUGUUUCACAAAUUAAAAAUAAGUGAGAUCAUGUCUGCUGUCCUAAAGGGCAAGAAUUUGUCUCUCAUUGUUAGCAUUGGACUUUUGGUUACUUGGGGAGUGGUUUUGUUGGGUGCACGCUUCUAUUGGAUGGGAAAUACACCACCAAGUUUUUCUAACUCUGACAACCCGGCUGCGGACUGUGAAAUACUGCUCACACGUACUCUGACCUUCUUCUACUUGCCAACUAAGAACCUCUGGCUGCUUUUUUGCCCGGACACACUCAGCUUUGAUUGGUCGAUGGAUGCUGUGCCUCUGAUUAAAUCAGUCAUUGACUGGAGGAACCUACACACUGUGGCCUUUUACGUAUUGCUCUUCCUCCUUGUCUACACAAGUCUCAAGAGUUCUAGUACAAAAAGUGAAUGCAAUGGGAAAGUGUUCGUGAAUGGCAAGCAGAAUACUAAUGGCCAUAGCUGUCAAUCAGAUUUAGAAUACAAGAACUCUGAGCUGAGGACUGCCAUUGUCUCGAAACUUGAAAAUGGUGUAAAAAACCAUAUUAACCAUGGAUUGCAACUUCCUUCUACAGAAAACAUUGUUGUUUUAGCUUUAUCUCUCUUGAUAGUUCCCUUUGUGCCCGCAAGUAAUCUAUUUUUUUAUGUUGGCUUUGUUAUUGCAGAGCGUGUACUCUAUAUUCCCAGUAUGGGGUUCUGUUUACUAAUAACUGUAGGGGCCCGAGCACUUUAUAUUAAGGCCCAAAAGAACUUUUUGAAAACCCUAAUUUUUUAUGCUGCAGCUGCAUUAGUUCUUUUUUAUGGACUGAAAACUGUUGUAAGAAACGAGGAUUGGAAGAAUGAAGAGAUGCUCUAUAGAUCAGGAAUACAAGUCAAUCCCGCUAAAGCAUGGGGAAACCUUGGGAAUGUGUUGAAGAGCCAGGGCAAGAUUUCUGAAGCUGAAAAAGCUUAUAGCAAUGCCUUAUACUACCGAAGCAAUAUGGCUGAUAUGCUGUAUAACUUAGGCUUAUUGCUCCAGGAAAACAGCAAGUUUGCAGAGGCUCUUCACUACUACAAGUUAGCAAUUGGUAGCAGGCCUACACUGGCAUCGGCAUACUUGAAUACAGGUAUAAUUCUUAUGAAUCAGGGAAGAUCUGAGGAAGCCAGAAGGACUUUCUUGAAAUGCUCAGAAAUCCCAGAUGAAAAUUUGAAAGACCCGAAUGCUCAUAAGAGUUCAGUGACCAGUUGCCUUUAUAAUCUGGGGAAAUUGUAUCAUGAACAAGGACAAUACGAGGAUGCACUCUCUGUAUAUAAAGAAGCAAUACUGAAAAUGCCAAGGCAAUUUGCACCGCAAAGCUUAUAUAACAUGAUGGGAGAAGCCUACAUGAGGUUAAACAAGGUGUCUGAAGCUGAGCACUGGUACACAGAGUCUCUGAGAUCAAAGCCCGACCACAUCCCAGCGCAUCUUACUUAUGGCAAGCUCCUGACCCUUACGGGUCGCAAAAGUGAAGCCGAGCGUUACUUUUUGAAAGCAAUUCAGCUGGAUCCCACCAAAGGAAAUUGUUAUAUGCAUUAUGGCCAGUUUCUUCUUGAAGAAGGUCGUAUUGUAGAAGCAGCAAAAAUGGCUAAGAAAGCAGCAGAAUUAGACAGCUCUGAAUUUGAUGUUGUCUUUAAUGCAGCUCAUAUGCUCAGGCAAGCCAGUCUAAAUGAAGCAGCAGAAACAUACUACAAAAUGGCAGCCGGACUGCGACCGAAUUAUCCUGCUGCCUUGAUGAAUUUGGGUGCCAUUCUUCAUCUCAAUGGUAAAUUAGAAGAAGCAGAAGCCAACUACCUCCGAGCUCUUCAGUUCAAGCCGGAUGAUGGCAUUACUCAAUCUAACCUUCGCAAGUUGUGGAAUAUCAUGGAGAAGCAAGGUCUUAAGACAUCAAAAACGUGACAAAAGGAACCGGACACUUUUGACCAAAUGUUAGUUUCUAAUACUGGACGUGAAUGGAACAAAAGGGGCUAUGAGCUUUGCAUCCAGCAAGUGUCUGAGAAGCCUAGGUGAAGUUAGGAAAGUGUUUUUGCUUUUUGGCAAAGUAGUUGAUAAUGUAUAAAAAAAAUAAAAAAAAGGGAAAUGAUAAUCAGGAAAUAAAAUCUCCAAAAAGGGAAUAGGAUAUGCUUGCAUUAGCCCAGAUAACGAAAGGCACUUAAAGUGAGGUAUGUCUUCAUCACAAUGCAACCGGUUGCUUAUAAUUCUGGGGUAGGCUGAAUUGACAGUAGUCUAUUAAAAUGUAACGGAGUAUAACAAUAUAGGUAAUCUUAAAUACUAAAAUAAUUUACAUUAAUUCUAUUACAAAGCUAAUUCACUAAAAUCAUAAAAUAUUUUGUUCAUAUAUUUUCUGCCAAACGAAACUGUUGUAGGUGGGGUAGAUCAUGCUUGCCAGUUCUGUUCUGUUAGGUUAUUUUUUUUUCUACUUACGUGUGUGAUUGUGCUUGAACAGUGAUAAAUGACUUCUAACAAGAGCAAUGCAACACAAUCCAUUAUCAGUAUAUCUUAAUAUUCUUUCUCCAUCCUAGUUACAUUUAGUACUGGACGGUUUGUUUUUCUAAAGAAAAAUCAAAGUGUGACACAAACCAUGCCCUGCCUCUGCUGGAAGUUUAAUAUGUGGUAGUGAGUGAAGGUGAUGAAACACCUGAUUUUUUUUUUUUUUUACUUUUUGUGUGUUUUUUAACAUCCAUAAAUUUUUUUCUUUAUUUUGAGGCAAAUAAAAUAUUUAUUUUGUAAAAAUGAAAAGGAUUACCACAAUAUUGUCUUCUAUUGAUUUCUAUAUGACGUAAGAUUAAGAUCCAGUAAUUGGAACAUAAGAGUAGAAUAACAAGUGUGUUCAUAACGUCUUAAACUUACAAAAAUCUUUGGGUGAUAGACGUGAGACUGUUACCUACCGAAUAUAAGCACAGUCACAUAUCUACACUAACUCCAGUUCAGUCUUCAGUUUUUUGUGGUGCUUGCCUGUAAACCGGAGAAUUUGAGCAAGAAGUAUAAGGACAUCAGGCCUCAUUUAUCCAUCUAAGCUAGACUUGUUGACCAUAGCAACCAUUCUUUAUCUUCAGUUUUUUGCUCUAGAAUGAAAAGUUGGGUUGUGAUAGGUCUCUUUGUCAUACAGUCUUGUGUAUCGGAAGAUACAUAACCAUAUUCCAUCUAUCAUCAUAAUAAGGAUUGAAGAAUCUUCCCGUAAACAGUCCUGGGAGCACUGAUAAAAUUUGGUCUGACAGCACAGUCACCCCCAACACACACACAUACACUCACACUCUCCCCUCCUUAGAUAAUAAGUAGGAUAGAUAAUGUUAAUAGUUGCUUACGCUAUAGAGAGAGCAAUUUUACUUUUAAUCUUUUCCUAAAGACAUUUUAAGUUUUACAACAUAUGUUUUAUUUUCACAUACUAACCACCUUUUGAUUUUUGUCUUAAGGGGAAUCCUUGAUCAUUUUCAUACUACCUAUGCCACAAGUUAUUUAGGUCAACCCUUGUGGCUCCUGCUUGUCCCACCGACCUUGAUCGAUAGAUCUCUCUGAAUGACCAAACAAGAACAGAUCUAUUAAUCUAGGCUGGCGAGAAGCCACUGGGGACAGCCCAUGGUUUAGGUAGAAUGAAUGUGAUCACAGGUUCCUUUUAUAGGUGGAAUUUUUUUUUAUAGGUGGAAUUAUAGAUUAAGAAAUUAUGUCAAACGUCUGUAUUUCCAUACAGUAUAUUUCACAUUUACGCACCGUAUUGAGUACAUUGAAUACAUAUUUCUAUGUAACACAAAGAAAAGGCUCCUGCCAUGCACCUCUUUCUGUUCAGAUGUCCACUUCUCGAGAGCAUAGCUGAGUUUGCUGUGCUGCCAUAUGCUGUUGUUUCCUCCUUAGGUGUCUGGUUUUUUUUUUUUUGCUGCCUGCAGACAGUACAAUAAGCCGUUCCAAACAAGAUGAAGAAUGCCAGGCAACCUGCCAGCUGCAUCAUCGACCUUUUUAUUUACUGUUUGUUUAUGACCAGCUUCUUUCUCUACAGUGUCCUUACCUUAACUACUUCAUUUAAGAGAUAAAAUAUGUCAUACAGCUCUAUUAACGCCAACUGGAUUUCCAAUUAAAGUGUAUAAUGACUUCCCUGUGAUUCCUUCUUAUAAAUGUAUAUAGCACAUUAUGUUUAUCACUAUGUGAUAUUUAAAGCCAGUACUUUUUAGAGAUUUAUUUUUUUGGAACUUUAUGGGAAAAGUGAUAAAAUAUUUUCUUCUAGAUGUUAUUUCAGCUAGUGAGAAAUAUUACGACAGACUAAAGAUUUUUUUUUUAUACGUUUUUACCAUAAUGUUUUAUUUUUUCCUUUUUUUUUUUUUUCUUAUAAAUGUUUGCACUAAUGAGAACACGGUUUGUCUUUGCAACUGGUAUAAUUCCAGCACUACAGGUUAUGCAAAAUAGGUUUGCUACAAAAAAAAAUGAUCUUACUCAAGCCUAAUACCAGAGUUUUUGUGUGUUAACAGGGCUUGUAGCAUUUAUUAACAGGGUCUUCUUAAUAAUGCAACAUAAAAUGCAGUUUGGGCAUUUGUUUCAUAAAUUAAUCCUGUAGAAAAAAAAACUGCAAAAUGUUAUGUUUUGCCUAAGAAUGUGAAUCUAUUUACUGUUUAAACUGGAUGUAAAUUUUGAUGAAUUGUAACAACUAUUCACGUUUUAAGUUUUUUUUUUUUUUUCCUCCUAUAAAAAAUUUAUAUAAAAAACCACUGGUACCACCCAUUUUGGUUACUGACCAUUGUCGGUUGUGGACUACAAGAAUACCUGGCAUUGUUUUGUAUUGUUAUCGGUUCUGUCUAAGAUAUAGAGGAUUCCUAAAGAGGCCCUGACAUUUUUUUUGUCUUAUUUGUGCAUAUGAAUAUAUUUGCAAAUUAAAAUUUACAGAAUGUAAA